AUGCCUGAGCGAAACCACGCGAAUCACGCCAACGGUGCGACGGAUGCAGACGAUACGACUCCCGCCAUGACCAAUCCCUAUGAAACGAAUCCCGAUGCAAUCCCAGUCGACGAUCCCUUUCUCGCUCAAAGUGCGCACUAUGGUCGAUACACCCCGAGCGCCGAUGACUUCGUACCCGCCUCUCAGCACAAGCAUUGGUAUCAAUCUGACCCGGAAUCAAACACUUUUUGGCACGAUGUGGCGCGCAAGUUCUGCACACCCGAGUAUUCCCUGAAUCUCUCUAGCUCCAGGGAGGCUUUUGCGGUCGGGAGUGUGAUCAUUCGCGUGGACGGCGAUCCAACCGAGGCUGCAGCCGCUGACCAGUAUUCAUGUGUGAAUGCAAAUGAGUUCUCUGCCGCGCGAAAAGCAGAAGAUUCGCUGAGGGAGCUUGGUAUUGUGGUGCCGGUGAUUUAUUUUUGUGGUACAAUCGAAGGCAGAAAUGUGACGGUCGAAUCUCGCAUUCCGGGUGUGGCCUUGGAUGUGGCAUGGCGGUAUCUCUGUGCGGAUCAAAUCCUGGCCUUGAAGAAUCAGUGUCGUCAGAUUAUGCACCACUUGGGAUCAAUAGAACCGACACCGGCAGAGCCUUCCUACGUGUGUCGCGGACUCAAUUCACAAUUGGUGCCCUCCGUGUCGGAUCGAGAGCGCGAUAUCCUCUUCGCAGCACGAGCCUCGGACGAAGUUCUCAGCCUGGUUCAUAAUAAUCUCACCCCAGCAAAUCUCAUUGUCAAGGAUGAUCGAAUAGUGGGGAUUACUGGAUGGAGGCAUAGUGGAUACUUUGGCUUUGAACGGGCCAAGAUGGUACAUCAACAAUUCAGGGAUUGGACUUGUCAUGACGGUGAAGGAAGUGAGGGCACUACGUGGCAAGACCUCUAUGAUCAUUCUCUGGACCGGGACGGUCACUCUCCACUGGUGAAGCCCGAGCCUUCUGGUGGUAUCACAGAAAAGUUCCCUCCCAGCGACGAUCUCGAGACCAAGUCUGUCGGCUUUGAUGGGACGAAUGACUAUUUGACAUCGAAAAAGCUCGCGAGCCUGAAGAAUGGGAACACAUCCCGCGCCUCGUCUACCGACCGGUCCUCCCCUGCGACCUCGGUUAAAGCCCCUCCGAACAAAAAAGGAUCGUCGGCAGCUACGAAAAAGGGCACCGCGAAAAAGCCGGUCCCCAAAAAGCGCAAGGCGAACGACGCUGAUGCCGACAGUGUUGACGGGCGUCGCUCCAAUACACCGGCUUCUCGGACCGGCAAGGGUUUGGGAAAGAAGCAAAGCUCCGUAUCUAUAGCGGGGUCCCCCGCUCCUGAAGAUAAAAAGAGGCGAAGCAGGAUGCAACCACGCAACGAUGAGGAUGAGGAUGAGGAGGUUGAAGACGAGAAUGAAGUUUUCUGCAUUUGUCGGCGACCCGACAAUCACACGUGGAUGAUUGGGUGUGACGGUGAAUGCGAAGAUUGGUUCCAUGGCAAGUGCGUCAAUAUCGAUCCUAGAGAUGCCGAAUUGAUCGACAAGUACAUCUGUCCUAGCUGCAGCAAUCGAGACCUCGGCUGUACGACGUGGAAGCCCAUGUGCCGUCUCCCUGAAUGCCGGAAACCUGCUCGAGUCACCCGGAACAAGCCCAGCAAGUACUGUUCCGACGAGCAUGGGAGGGAGUUCAUGGCUCGACACGCUCGUAAGACAAAGCUUGGAUCCGCGCGAAAGGGGCAGGAGGAUCUGGGUAGCAUGGGUGGCAUUUUGACUCCGCCAGACCUCAAGGCCGCCAUUUCAGGAAUCAAGUCGAUCGAUGAAUUUCGGGGGCUGGGUAACGUAAUUCUAUCGUCGCCCCUGCGAACGCUCCGAACAAGUCCCGCGUCGGGCGUGAAAAAUGAGGACAAUGCGAAUGCCUCUGAUCUGUUCUCCAGCGUCGACGCUGACGGAGUGGAAUACUCAGCAGACGAAGCAGCCAAGAUCGCCAAACUUCGUCAGCGGCGUAGCGAUCUUCUCCAUCGGAAAGAAAUGCUAUCAGCACGCUCGACCUUCGUGGGGCUGUUGCGCCAGCGAGCCAAGGCAGUUGUCGAAAAGCUCAAGCAGAAUGAGCCCAAAGGUGGCUGGAAAGAUAUAUGCGGCUUUGACGCCCGCCUCGCAUGGGCUGAUGAGGAAUUCGACCAGUGGCGGCUCUCUCACGCAGGUAAGAAGGCACUGGCCGAGGGCUCUCCUGAAGCCAUGGCGGCCAGUUAUCCGACUGGAGAAGAUGCCGAUGGCGAUGUUGCCAUGGACGAUGACGAAAGCCAGCAGAACUCCUUGAAGUUUAUAACGCGUGGUGUUUGCAUUAAGAAAAGAUGCGAGAGGCACAAACAGUGGGUCAAGGUGCAGCAGCAGGAUAUCAUAUUUGAGGAGAACGCCGCGGAGCAAGAACUCAAGAGGUUGGAGCAGGAAGCCCGUUCAGUUGCAGAGCGGGCCGUGCUCCGAAAAUGGGCAGAGACGGAGAAUGCACCUUCGCCCACCUAA